UUUUUGUCGCUGCGAGGGACAUUUGACCCAAAAUGAAAAUCACACUUCCUUCUUUUUCAGGCAUGGAUAUUCCUCUCAACUGGUUGGGCAACUGCAGACCGUCACUGCCAGAAAGACCAGUUGGUAAAAUAAGUGUUUGCUUGCAUCCACAUCAAACAAUCAAGAACGAGGAAGGUGUACUUUCCAAGACUCCGCCCUCCUAACAGAACUCAGAUAAGUCAGCAGCCGGGCAGUCACAACAAGCACGGGCGGCUGUCUGCAGCCUCAUGGAGCAAACAGUGAAUGUUGUUUCAAGGCUACAGUGGGGGGCGGCCGCUCCGAAACAAAAGGAGGCUCUGAAAGGUUCAGCUCAGAGGGUUGUGAUACACCACACUGCCCUUCAAAACUGCAGAGGCCUGGCAGACAGCAAGGAGCACCUCGUCAGCAUUCAGAGCAUGCACAUGAACCAAAGGGGCUUUGAUGACAUUGGCUAUAACUUUCUUGUCGGAGGAGAUGGUACUGUGUUUGAGGGCCGCGGCUGGGGAGUCGUGGGGGCGCAUACCAAAGGCCACAACCAUGACUCUCUGGGAAUUGCCUUCAUGGGCAACUUUAACAGUGACAAACUGAGCAAGGAGGCUUUACUGUCAGUCAAACGGCUGCUGCUGUUUGGAGUUUCCCAGAGCUACAUACAUCCGAAGUUUGUUCUGUGUGGACACAGAGAUUUAGCUAGUACCCAAUGUCCGGGAGACAACCUUUACGCUGCUCUGACUCAUCUAAGGAGUGCCGCGUAGCUCUCAGGGAGGCGUUCCCUGACUCAACACUAACUAUUGUUUCCAUGCUUCUACAUGAACUUCAAAGACGUCUGUGGUGUUUGCUGUGAAACCCUGCUGCCUCUCUCACAGCAGAGGGAGCCAUCACAAAGGAGGAAAGAAAAGCUGCAGCUCCUGCAGAAGAAAAACAAAUGGGAGUCAGUUUCAUUUCUAUCUUGAUAGGAAUGGGUUCUCAUUUUUGAUUAAGUGAAAUAUUUAAGUGAAUUGUUUCCAAAUGCAAUCUAAGUGUUUUUUAUUUAGUAACAUUUUCAUUUCUUUUGACUAUGUUGUUGAAAAAUAAAUCUGAAAUGAAACUUU